AACUGUUGAACGUCAGAUGAUUUGACAGAAGUGAAGUCGACGGAAGUGACAUAGGUUCAGAGUCAGACAAACACCUGCAUGUUACAGUUACCAGAAAACUCACGGGAAUCAAAGAUGUCGCGCUCGUGUUUAUAAAGCAAGACUGUUGUUAGAUUGGAUCCACAAUGGCUGAUAAGGGAAACCGGAAGUUCUCUCCACGAUACAGGAGACCGAAGGAAGCAGAUGAAGCUGAGAGCUGGAGGAGCCCGUUGGGACGCGAUCAUGAACGCAGUUACAGCCCUAAAGCGAAGUGGGGUCACGGUCGAGCCAGUGAAAGUGACGGGAAUAGAAGAGGCAAAGCCGCGCUGUCUGAGGGAAGAGUGUUCGGACAGAGUCCUUCUCACCAGGAACGAGUCCAGAGAGGUUCACCUGCUGAGCGGAGGAACUGGAGAGAACGACGAGACAGACAUGGUAAAACGUACAGCCUGCAGAAGAGGAUGGUGUCGAUUGAAAGCUGCCUCACCAGACGGGACGUUUUACAGCUGUGCUUGGAAGCCGAAGGCAGUGAUUGUGACCAGAAAGAGCCAAGCAUCAGCCUGAAGUUCAGAUGUGAUAAAUGUAAGGUGUUCUGUGAAGACAUCUCUCCAGCGCUCGCUCACAUCAGAGAAAGAUCCCACAGGAAGAAAGCCAAGGAGCUGCAGAAGCUGACGCUGCUGUUGAAUAUACCGCCUCCUGGAAAAGCUCAGUGUCAUUUAAUCAGCUCUGCGCUGGAAAGUGUGGUCAAUGAGUUUGGUUUGAACGAUCAGGAUUUAGAACAACGCCAAAAUAUUCUCGCUCUCGUUCAGAAAGUCCUUCAACCUUUCCUUCCAGAAUGCCAGUUCAGGUUAUAUGGAUCUUCCUGCACAAAGUUCGGCUUCAAAGAUUCUGAUGUAAACAUUGAUGUGAAGUUUCCAUCCCAUUUCCAGCAUCCUGAUAUUCUGCUCGUGGCUCAAGAGCAUCUCUCUAAAAGUGAUCUUUUUGUCGAUGUGGAGGGAGACUUCCAUAGGAGGAUGCCUGUCGUUGUGUGCAGAGAGAAAUCAAGUGGUCUGAUCUGCAAAGUCAGUGCAGGCAAUGAAAGUGCAUGCAUAACAACAGCAUAUUUGACCGAGAUGGCGAGUCUGGAGCCGCAGCUCAUCCCGCUGAUUAUAUGCUUCAGAUUCUGGGCUAAGAUUUGUUGUGUAGACCAGAUGGAAGAAGGUGGACUUCCGUCCUACAGCUUUACCCUCAUGGUCAUCAGCUUCUUGCAACGACGCAAGGAACCUGUCUUACCUUCAUACCUCGAACACGUGGGGUUGCCUGUGAGUAAACUGAAGAGUUUCUCCAUAACCGGGGUUGAAAAAGGACACGUACUUUGGGUAUAUGAUCCAACCUCAAAUGAUUCACAAGAUAAAGACAAACUCAUCAAGAAGGGAAAGUCUCCACUGGUUUUCAAAGACCGAAGUCCUCCUGUACAGCUGGGGAAGCUUUGGGUCGAGUUACUGCGAUAUUAUUCACUGGAAUUUCAAAUACCCGAGAAAGUCAUUAGCGUGCGCACAAACGGUGACUUAUGGCGUGAUCUGAAAGACUGGCCCAAAAAGAGGAUUGCAAUAGAAGAUCCAUUCGCCGUCCAGAGGAAUGUGGCUCGGACAUUGAGCAGUCAGAUGAUGUUUGACUAUAUGUGUCAUUGUCUCAAAACAACUUAUAAGUACUUUGCUUCUCCUCCAAAAAGCAAAGCUGGGAAAGUCCGUUCAAACAGUCAAACUGAUAAAUCCGUGAGUGGUGUGAAUCAUGUCGAUGCGGUGAAGAAAAGCAAGAAAGUGCCGGCUGAGGAUAUGAACAGAUCCCGUGCGAGGUCCAGUCCUCAUAGUACAGAAGAUCUCGAGGACUCUGACUAUAUGAUUGAGCUGGAGCAGGACGAUGAGGAAGAAGCCGACUCUGACGCCGAGACUGAGGGUGAAGAAGAAGACGAGGAAGAUGACGACGAUGAUGACAUCGAGCUUGAUGAAUCUGGUUGUGAUCCUUCUGGCGACGAGAUCUUCCCCUUCGACCGGGAGACGAGUGACGACGUGGGAUCCGAUGUAGGCGAUCCCGAGGAAGCAGCAUCUGUCCAAAUCAAACCAAAAGCAGAGCGUACCAAAUCUGAAUCGCCGGUAGGAACGCAGUCGGACCUUGAAGGCGUUCAUUAUGUCUUCACCAAGAGGGUUUUCAGUGAUGGCAAGUCCCCCAUUGUGAUAUGCGGCCUUUGCAAGAGCGAUGGACAUUCAAAACAGGACUGUCCCGAGGACUUCAAGCGAGUGGAGUUAAAACGCCUUCCGCCCAUGACUCUAGACUUCUUGAAGAUCCUCAAUGAAGUCUGUGAGCAAUGCUACCGUGACUUUGCACCAGACGAUGUGGAGGUGAAAGUCAGAGAACACAUUUUACAAGACUUUGAGACUUUCCUGAGAUGUCAAGUGCCAGGAGCCAAGUUGGCUUUGUUUGGUUCAUCCAAGAAUGGGUUUGGCUUUAAACAGAGUGACUUGGACAUCUGUAUGACUCUCGAAGGCCAGGACACCGCAGCGGGCUUGGACUCCAUGGCUGUUAUUGAGAGCCUGGCUAAAGCUCUACGGAAACACCAUGGCCUGAGAAACAUCCUACCUAUUACUACUGCAAAAGUCCCAAUUGUGAAGUUUUACCAUGCCAAAACUGGACUAGAGGGAGAUAUAAGCUUGUACAAUACACUGGCUUUGCACAACACACAGUUACUGGCAUCUUAUGCUGCCAUUGACGCUCGGGUGAAGAUCCUCUGCUACGUCAUGAAAGUGUUCUCCAAAGUGUGUGACAUUGGAGACGCAUCUCGCGGUAGUCUUUCUUCGUAUGCUUACACUCUGAUGGUCCUUUACUUCCUUCAACAAAGAAGCCCGGCUGUUAUCCCAGUUCUCCAAGAGAUAUAUGAUGGCGAGAAGAAGCCAGUAGUCCUUGUAGAUGGCUGGGAUGUACAUUUCUUUAAGGAUUUGAAGAACUUGCAUAAAUGCUGGCCGGAGUACAGGAAGAACAGGGAGUCAGUCGGGCAGCUGUGGCUCGGGCUGCUGCAGUUUUACACCGAGACGUUUGACUUCAAGGAGUCUGUCAUCUGCAUCCGCAGGAAAGAACCUCUCACCACCUUCAAGAAGCAAUGGACCUCCAAACAUCUCGCCAUCGAGGAUCCCUUUGAUUUGAGUCAUAAUCUUGGAGCUGGUCUCUCACGGAGAAUGGCAAGCUUCAUCAUGAAGGCCUUCAUCAACGCCCGCAGAGUUUUCGGCACGCCUGUCCGAGUCUUUCCACCAGAGUAUUUAAAUAAAAUGGAGUACUUUUUCGACCCAGAGGUGCUGACCGAGGGCAAGCUUGCACCCAAUGACCGCUGCUGCCGCAUUUGUGGGAAGAUUGGCCAUUUUAUGAAAGACUGUCCGAUGCGAAAGAGACAAAGACGUGACAAUGGUGAUGGAUUCUUCAGUGGACGUGAUGUAAACAGAGCCACCAAAGGCAUGAUGGACGACAGCCCUUACAGGGAUGGACGGUGGCGCCAGAGGGAGGAGAAAUGCUGUUAUAUGUGCGGCUCCAACGCUCACAUCAAGAAGGACUGCCCGCUGUCCAAGUCUUUAGAAUCCUCCCCAAACACAUACCAAAGAAGUCCUGCAUCAGACAGGGACAAAGACAGUCCUCAACAGGACAGGAGAAAGAAGCGCAAAGCAAAGAGGAUGAUUUUGGGUCCUGAAACAGGAGGUCUUGCCACCAGACACGCGUCUGUAACUGCGUCUGUGGAGAAGUGGAGUCCUUUCAAGUAAAGCUGUGAAAUGAGCCAUUGCCGGUUUUCUGAUCUACAACAGCCUGAGUCCAGUAUUAUCCCGACCCCCAGUUAGAACACCUUGAUCAAUGUGCCUUUUAUAGGUGUCUAAUUUUUAGUUCUGUUUUUUCUAAUUGUGGAAUGAACUUGAUGUUUCUCAUUUUAUCUGUUUUUAUUUUAUUUUUUAAAUUGAGAGUCCAGUUGAUUAUCUUUGUCAUUUAAAUUGUAACGCCAUUGUGUGUUUUUGAAUUAGCUUGAAUAGUUUUAGUAACAAACCUUUGCACGAUCGUGCGUCUUGUGUGUGUGUGUGUGUGUGUGUGUGUGUGUUAUAAGAAGCAUUUUAUUUUGUAUAAAUAUGUACAUAAAGAAACGUCGGCUGGGGUCUGUGUAUUUACAAUUAUGCUAAUGUUAAUUGUUGAGCUUUUCAGUUCGACUGGGCUUGGUUUUAGUUAUGCUUUAUUGUAUAAUUUAUAGCAGUAUUUUGUUUUUGCUAAAUGAAAUGAAUAUGUU